UUCGAGGGAUUCCAUUGGACAGUUUAUGAUGUAAUCUGUCUUUUGAUUGGAUUAGAGUGCAUGUACUCGUGGCCUCUAAGACGAAUAAAGUUUAGGUGAUUCCCAUGAUACAGCCACUUGAUUUUAAUUCGCAAGAGAGGAAAACAUCUAGAAGAUACAACAAGAUGGCAGCUUUAUUAUAUGUAAGUUUGUUCGCUGUAUUUAGCCUUGGUUACUGUGGUAACUAUACAGUGACAGAAGAAGCAUGGUUUGAUGUUGAAGUGAAGGACCUGGAUGGCCCAGGAGAAGAUUUUAGAGGUCGAUUUGUCAUUGGUCUAUUCGGAGAUACAUGCCCAAUGACUACAAUGAAUUUUGCAGCCAUUGCUAAAGGAUUCGUACGAGGACGAGAAGAUCUCGGCUAUAAAGACACUAAAAUCCACCGAGUUGUUCCCGAUUUCCUCAUACAGAUGGGCGAUGUGACCAUAGGGGAUGGCACAGGCGGAAGAAGCAUCUAUGGAGACAAAUUUGUCGAUGAAAACUUCAUAUUGAGUCAUCGUGCAGUUGGAAUGGUUUCCAUGGCAAACCACGGAAAGGAUACCAACGGCUCCCAAUUCUUCAUUUUGCUCAACAAAGCCAGAUGGUUGGAUGGCAAGCACGUCGUGUUUGGAAAAGUUAUUAGAGGAAUGGAUGUUUUGAAAGCUCCAGGCGAUGUUCCUGCCAAUCCUAACAUCGCCGUACCAAAGAAACAUAUCCGAAUAAUUGACUGUGGUGUAAAUGGUUUAGACAGGAAAUAUGAUCUCACCCCAGAACAAGUAGACUCCGAUCAAGAUAUCGUGGAAGAAUAAACAAUAACAACUCUAUUUGACAAACCAUAUCUGACUAAACUAAAAUUAUCUUUUUUGUUGUUAUGUGUCAUUAUUUUUUAAAGAAAUCAUGAAGUUUUGUUAGAUUUGUAUAUAUUUAUAGAAAUAGAUUGCAUUAAAUAUGACUGAAGAUUGGUCUUCAACAGCAUUUACCACAAACAGCUAUUGUAGAUAGUAGAAGCCUUAGAUUGUGUUCUUGUUUUAAUUAUAUGCACAUAGUUUUGUGUCCCCACCCGUUAUGGCAGAUGUGUUGUAUGGUUUACGUAACCAUUAAUUUUAUAGCAUAACUCAUAACUCCCGCGCAUAAAACUACUUAAAUCUGAAUUGCACAUGUGACAAUCAUACGUUAAUAUAUGAUUCGAGAGUUCCUGUUUUGUCAGUCUUGCGUGCGUGCGUGCGUGUGUGUGUGUGUGUUGGUGUGUGUGUUGGUGUGUGUGCUUCAAAGUAUUUCUUUGUAUUUGUACUUCGUAAGAUAUGUUUAUUAUUCCACAUUAUUACGAUGAUAAUAAAUAAGUAGUUAGUAAGAUGAAAAAUAAUAAAGGAAUAAACUUUUUCA